AUGCAUUUAGUAGAAGAACCGCAAGUUACGAGAAACAAUAUCAGAAGACAAUAUUUUGCGGAACUAGAACAAAAUGCUGAAGAACAAUCCGAAAUGGGUGAAACCUCCGUAGAGGAUAUAGAAUUGGAAGUACAAGAACAUGCGAAAGGUUGCAGAUGCUGUAAUUGUAAGAAAAACAAAAUUACUGAAGAGCAAUCUGAAGUAGAAGAAGUCUCCGUAGAGGAUAUAGAAGUACAAAAAGUGCGGAGCGCAAAAAUGGAAAGAUAUUCGCCCGUUGCUUCAAAAAGAGAACACCAAUCACUCAGAAGGCAAACCCAAGAAAACAAAAGAAGACCCCGAAGUCAUUCAGUAGAAGAAACGCAAAAUAUUAGAAACAACGUCAGAAGAAAAUACUGGGCGGAACUAGAACAAAGUGCUGAAGAACAAACCGAAAUGGGAGAAACCUCCGUCGAGGAUAUAGAAUUGGAAGUACAAAAAGUACGGACGAAAAAUUUGGAGAGAGAUUCGGCCGCUGCUCCACGAAGUAGACACUAUCAGCAACGGAUACAAAGCCAAGACAAUAAAACAAAACCAAAACGUAAUUUAAUAGAACAACCGCAAAAUAUGAGAAACAAUGUCAGAAGACAACCUUAUGUAGAGCAAGAACAAAGUGCUGACGAGCAAUCCGAAAUGGGGGAAACCUCCGUAGGGGAUAUGGAAUUAGAAGUACAAGAACAUGCAAAAGAUUGCAGAUGCUGUGAUUGUCAGAAAAACAAAACUACUGAAGAGGAAUCCGAAGUAGAAGAUCUCUCCGUAGAGGACAUAGAAUUAGAAGUACAAAAAGUGCGGUCCGAAAAAAUGAAGGGAGAUUCAGCCGUUGCUCUACAAAGUGGACACCAACAGCUCCGGAGGCAAAAUCAGGACAAUAAAACAAGACCAAGAAGUCAUUUAAUAGAAGAACGACAAAUUUUUGGAAGCAACUUCAGAAGACAGCCUUACACGGAACAAGAACAAAGUGCUGAAGAUCCAUCCGAACGGGAAGAAAUCUCCAUAGAGAAUAUAGAAUUAGAACUACAAGAAGUGCGGACUGAAAAACUGAAGAGAGAUCCACCCGUUGCUUUAAAAAGAGGACACCAACCACUCAGAACACAAACCCAUGAAAAUAGAAGAAGACCACGAAGUCAUUCAGUGGACGAAACGAAAAAUAUGAGAAACAAUAUCAGAAGACAAUCUUAUACGGAACAAGAACAAAGCGCUGAAGAACAAUCCGAAAGGGAAGAAAACUCCGUAGGGGAUAUGGAAUUAGAAGUACAAGAACAUGCAAAAGAUUGCAGAUGCUGUGAUUGUAAGAAAAACAAAAUUGCUGAAGAGGAAUCCGAAGUAGAAGAAAUCUCCGUAGAGGAAACAGAAUUAGAUGUACUAGAAGAGUGGACCGAAAAAAUGCCUGGUGAUUCAGCCGUUACUUUACAAAGUGGACACCAACAGCUCCAGAGGAAAAAUCAAUACAAUAAAACAAAACCAAGAAGUCACUCAGUAGAAGAAACGCAAAAUAUGAGGAACAACGACAAAGGAAAAUCACAUGCGGGACAAGAACAAAAUGCUGAAGAGCAAUCUGAAAUGGAAGAAAUCUCCAUAGCGGAUAUAAAAUUAGAGGUACAAGAAGUGCGGACAAAACCCAGAAGUCAUUCAGUAGAAGAAACGCAAAAUAUAAGGAACAACGUCAGAGGAAAAACAUAUGCGGAACAAGAACAAAGUGCUGAAGAGCAAUCCGAACGGGAAGGCAUCUCCGCAGAGGAUAUAGAAUUAGAACUACAAGACGUGCGCAUAGGAAAAAUGGAGAGAGAUUCGCCCGUUGCUCCACAAAGUGGACACCAACAGCUCCGGAGACAAAAUCAAGACAAUAAAACAAGACCAGUAGAAGAACGGCAAAUUGUUAGAAGCAACUUCAGCAGACAACCUUACGCGGAACAAGAACAAAGUGCUGAAGAACAAUCCGAAAUGGGUGAAACCUCCGUAGAGGAUAUAGAAUUGGAAGUACAAGAACAUGCGAAAGGUUGCAGAUGCUGUAAUUGUAAGAAAAACAAAAUUACUGAAGAGCAAUCUGAAGUAGAAGAAGUCUCCGUAGAGGAUAUAGAAUUAGAUGCACAAGAAGUGUGGACUGACAAAAUGGAGAGGGAUUCGCCCGUUGCUUCAAAAAGAGAAUACCAUCCACUCAGAAGGCAAAUUCAAGAAAAUAAAAGGAGACCACGAAGUCAUUCAGUAGAAGAACCGCGAAGUAUGAGAAACAACAAUACAAGGUUAUAUUAUUCCGAUGAAGAACAAAGUACUGAAGAGCAAUCCGAGAGGGAAGAAAUCUCCAUAGAGGAUAUAAAAUUAGAAGUACAAGAAGUGUGGACCAAACCAGUGCUGAGAGAUUCGGUCGCUGAUCUACAAAGAGGGCACCGAUCGUUCGGAAGAGAGCAACCACAAAGUGAACAAUUUUCAACGACGGAUAUAAAGGUACAAGUAAAAAAAAAAACAGAAGCUGAAAACAAACGACGACCCCGCAGAAGUAUAGAAGACGAUUCGCGAAAUAGACGAAGCAGCAAUCAGGCUAGACAAAAGAGGACGCCACUAGUAAGCACGGAAGGAAAAGAUAUAUCUGUACGAAAACGAGGAUUACAAUCACAACAAAUUGAAGCUAUAGAGGGCGACGAACAAUCUGUAUCAGAAGCAGAGGCCAAUGAAGAGAAGUUACAAAAUCGCAAGAGAUCACGAAAAAAAUCAAGGGAAGGAGGUCACAACGGUUUCAGUAACUAUGGAAAUGGUCGAUCAGCAGAGGAUAAGAGUAGACGUAGUAGCGAGAGCAAAAAAGGCGAAAGAAAGUCGGACGCUUUGGUAGCGGAAGUAAGAAUAACAAGAAAAAAGCAGCGAGUUAAAGAUAAUAACCAAACAGAACGACAUCGCAAGAAAAAAACAGGUGUGCCAUUAAUAAAACGCUGCAAAUUCAGCGAUGACCCAUAUACGAACUCUAACCAAUGGUGUCUAGAUGAGGAUGGAAGAGCUAACGCUAAACAACGCCGCGCUGAACAACAAAUAGCACUACAAAAACGGCUACAAGAACAAACGAAGGACACACAAACACAACAUAAAUGCUGCUGUUGCAAUCCACUGCCACGCUGUUUCCCACAAUCUUUCUGUGAAUUAUGCUCAGAGUCAGUUACGAUGAGUUGCUGUGAAGAACCGCGGCCACCAACUCCCAGUUUUCCGCCAACAUUAUGCAGCUACCCAUCACCAUCGUGUUGUUUCUCACCACCGCCUCAUUGCUUCGAACCACCGACAUGCUUUGGACCAGAGUGUCCCUGCUGCUGUCAACCAAUCCCAUAUUGGUGUACACCUUCCAGUAGUUGUACAACACCUGGCUCAAUUCCCUAA